UCAUGCAGUUUUUUGCAGAGGAGGAAACUUUAUUAGGAUCACUUGUAUCUAGCUUAUAACCAAAGUAUUAAUUAAAAUUUAAUAUAGAAAAACUGAAACAUAAAAGAAUUGGGGAGUAUUUGCAAUCUUAUUUAUAGCUGGACUCAUUCUCAUUAUAAUAUCAAUUCCAUUUGCCUCUUUUUUAAUAUUAAAUCCUAAACCAUUUUGUUUACUCUUUUCAGUUGGCUCCCUUGUUAUUUUGAUAUCCAUGCUUUAAAUUAUUGAACUAAAAACGCUUUUUAAUAAAAUUUCUUCAUCAGCUGCCACAUUGAUUUAUUUAAUAUCUCUAAUUGCUUGUCUCUACACAGGAAUGUUCUAUAUGGGAUACUUUUAUACUCUUGGAUUAUUAUCACUUCAAGUAAAAUCUCCAAUAAAUAAAGAUCUCUACAUUAAUAUAUUUGACAGUAUCCCUUUUUCCAGGAGGAAAAUCAGGUAUGCAUGCUGCUUUUAAAUUAAUAAAAAACCAAAUCAAAGGAAUAUUCUUAAAAAAAACCUUUUUACCAUUGUGA